AUGGCCGAACAGAGGGAAAAUUCACCUAGGAUAGCAGAUGACGGAGAUAAUGUCGAUGAGGAACUCCGAUUGAUGCAAGCUAGAUUAGCAGAGAUGGAAGAAGAGAAGAAUGCUCUCGUAUCGAAUAGGGGAUCAGCUACACCCAAUCCUUCAACCGCGAAUGGACAGACGUCAGAAACGCACGAAGGUGGCAACGAAGCUAGUAUGGAAGACGAGGAUUCACCUGGAGCGGUAGAUUCGAGGAGUGUGUAUAUUGGUAAUGUUGAUUACGGAGCGACCCCAGAAGAGAUCCAAGCUCAUUUCCAAGCUUGCGGCACUAUAAAUCGAGUAACGAUAUUAUGCGAUAAAUUCACGGGUCAUCCAAAAGGUUAUGCCUAUGUGGAAUUCGCCGAACCUUCUAUAGUGCAAAGUGCCAUAGUGUUGAAUGAGAGUAUGUUCAGGGGGAGGUUGAUAACUGUGAAAGAAAAGCGAACGAAUCUACCGGGGAUGAACAUGACCAACCGAGGUCGAGGUAGAGGUAGGGGUGGAUAUAGGGGUUUCAGAGGUGGUGGAUUCAGGGGCGGAAGAGGAAGAGGUAGAGGUAGAGGAUGGUAA